AUGCAUCUAGUCCAUUUAUCAGUUUUCAUUUCCGUGGCCGUGCUUUUAGCAGCACACCGCGUUGAAGGGUUAGAUGAAUCGGAGAUAAUUCCAACCGGUAAUCAGCUCAUCCAAGUGAACGAAAAUCCUGAAAGUGCUCCGCAUUCUCAUGAAAAGAGAACACUAGAGAAACGACGUAAGAAGAAAAAAGGGGGAAAAGGGGGCAAGAAGAACAAAUUUUAA